GGACUCAUUGCCCCGUGCCAAACACAGCCUCCAGGUUGUCACAUGUGAAGCCGCCUCCCAACGCAUUUGACGCUUCACUUGAGACGCGCCAUCACACUCAGGCCAGACUAUCAAAUGCAUUUAUCUGGCAAUGGAAGGACCAAGGAAAGGAUUUUGGAGCGGGAUUUUCCGCAGCAAGAGCAAUGCGCAAAGUGGCAAUUUGUACAAAGAACAGCCCAGAAGAGUUAGCGACGGUGACGUCCCGCAUAGUCGUCGGAGUGACAGGCCAGUUGCCAUGAGCGCUCGGCGCAGGCCUCGCCGCGCUCCUCCCCAUGAUAUCAAGGGCAAAGGGCGGGCAGAUCCUAACGGGCAUGCCCGCGAUGCGUCGCCACUCUCUGAAUGGCCCCCAUCGGGUAUUUCCAGCGAGGAAGAGCUUCCGCUCAGACAUGCGAUGGAGUUGAUUUCUCGAGGAGCUCCAGUGCACAAAGGCCACGAGCGGCCGAUCCCAUACCGCUCGGAGCAGUACUACACCCUUUACGCGACAACGGCUGGGAGCAGAGACGAAGACACGGAUGCAGCCGAUCUACACGCUUCGAUGACACAGCUGACGUCCCUCCGAAUACAAGGUACAAGUGCACCGAACAACCCCUGGGAGACCCUGGAGCAGCCAAGCUUGGCAUUUGCAUGCGGUUCUCGCCCAGGUACGAUCACGCUCAAUCAAUGGGCGAGUCUAUCGAGCAUGAUUCCGCCAGCUAUAGAACUUCGUGAUCCAGGGCUGAAGCCGCGUGAUGUGGAUCUGGUGCAGAUCUUUGAACGAUUACUGGAGCUGGAAGGAGGGCUAGAAGAUGGAGAUCUGAUGUACCGCAACCUGUAUAAGCGAUUUCUGAAAGACCCCGAUAAAAUCUUCAAUCCACACAAGGCUUUGGACACACAGAUCACAGAUCUUAUCAUGGUCCUUUCAGCCCCGGACUGGAUUGAUUUCACAAUACCUAAGAAUCAAGUCGUCACACGAUUCAUUUACGACACUAGUCCGGACAAUGAGCAACAAUAUCAAAAGUUCUUUCACCAACUACUCCUGAGCCUUGAACUGGAACUCAGGGUCUCUGCAAGGUUUCGUAGUGAGUUGGAAAAGGAGAAAUUGAUCGGCCAAAUACCCUCAAGAAUCCAAUGGAACCUUGCUCUUGCCAGGCGCUGGAAAGAGUAUGUCCGCGUUAGCGAGUUUGGCGAGGUGGCUGAGAAAGUACGGCUACGGUUCAAAUUGAGGAAGCGCCAAGCAAAAAUGUUGAAGCGAUUCGCUCAGAUGAUGAAAUGGCCGAAUCUCGAGGAGACAUUACAUGCGCUCAAGCGAAGUGAGGUGGAGGGUAACCUCUUGGGCAUCAGUUCGCAUACAAUGGCAUUCUUCAGUGGACUAGUGCUUCCUGGAUCCACAUUCCCUUUUCUCUUGAUGAAUACACUGGUCGACCUAGAUCCAGACGAGGUUACAGACGAUCUCGCGUUACUAACACAUCUCCAUCCUCACUGCGGCUUCCAGUACCGAAAGAGCUAUACUUACUGGUCCUCAGCAUGCAUUGUUGGCAAGGUACUGGCCCCUACAUGCCUCGAGGUAGGAGGUUGGAUCGGACCUGCUCGCCCAACUGCGGACUUGGGGCCCUCACAGAUAGCCCGUAUCCGUGCCAGAAGGCCCCGACAACGAAUAACACCGGAAGACGUCGCCUCAAUGAGCGAGAGAUCGGAUCCUUUAGGACCACCUGCUGAAGUGUUCCCUGUUGGUGAAUACACACUAGUCGCGCCAGACGUCGAUGACUUCGUAGAUACGGUCCGUAUCGAACUUCUGAAUUUCAGAAGUACUCUACCGUCACGCCAAGACCACGGUCCUCAGUGGUUUGAUGCAUCAAUGCAGUUUGCGAUCGAUGGUGUCUCAUGGCCAUUGCGACUCAACUAUGAUGUCUCCUUCAUUAAUGCUUGGCCCUGUUCAUCGGGACCCCAUCCGCUCUUCUUCGACUAUGUGUACACUUCAACAAGGGUCGAUGAAGUUGUGAACAUUCGGAACUGGGCAAAUCCUGGGAGCCCCGGCGAGAGAAGCGUCAGCUCUACUCCAGUAGGUGGGAGCAACCCAGCCCAACCUACUGUGCAAGAUGACGAUGAUCAAGAGAGAGUUCUCGUAGUUGAGGCUUUCGGUGUGUCAGAUAAUGAAGUCCUCGCCCGAGCUUGGUGCUCGCACUGGGGCCUUAGUGCAGUGGUGGCGCAUAUUGGCAAGACUUGGUACGUUCAAAAAACUGUCGGGGGUUUCCUCGUCUAAUUCCUACUAACGUGCUACAGUAUGGCAUGCGCUAUUCGGGAAGCAUAUGCGGCUACUUUAACAGUCGUGAUACUUGUGGAAGAUCAGCA